AUGAUCGCGUUCAAUAUUUCGCCAGGGAACCCUAAAGGUCCUAAGAAAACUUGGACAAUGCAACUUGUGAGUGUAGAGUGGAAUACGACUGAUGAUGAGAUGGUUGAACUUGACUUAAAAGUCGAACAAAUAAAUCGUACAAGCUUUGCUUUUUCUGGCACCGUGGACGUCCGCUUUGAAAUCAGUGAAAAUACGAUGGGUGAGUGUAAAAUCUACUAUAGCGCUUCCGGAAAUUUAGACAGUUAUAGAAUGCUUCCAUAUGGUGGCUCAGGAAAAAUUUUUGAUAUAAUUGAUUCGUAUUAUCAUCAAGCUUGCAAAAGUUUCGCAAAGUGUUCAAACUUUCCGCUAAUCAAAACUAAAGCACGCGACUACAAAUAUCGUCAAUUGUAUACUUUCGAUAAAUGCACGUUUUCCAAUGAUGCAGCACCGAAUUAUUUACCGGACGGAUACUAUAAGGUGGUUACGCAACUCACUGGUGAAACCUAUUGGUCUAUAGCAACUUUAUUUGAAGUCGAGCCCAUAUUAAAGAAAUAA